AUGUCUAAUUUUAUUUCAAUUGAAGAAGCUGUUAACCAUUUCAAGAAGAAUGGAUUCAUUAUUGUGAUGGAUGAUGAAAGUCGGGAAAAUGAGGGUGAUUUAAUAUGUGCAGCCCACAAUGUGACCACAGAACAGAUGGCGUUCCUCAUACGCCAUUCUUCAGGUUAUGUAUGUGCACCAAUGACAAAUGAAUUGGCUGACAAAUUGGACUUACCAUUGAUUAGAGGUAAUUUGAAAUGUGCAUCUUUCGCAGAUGAUAGGCAUGGGACUGCGUACACAAUCACUGUAGACGUCGCUAAGGGAACUACUACUGGUAUCUCUGCGUAUGAUAGAGCGUUGACAUGCAAAAGCCUAGCAUCCCCUAACGCUAAACCAACUGAUUUUUUGAAACCAGGUCAUGUAUGUCCAUUGAGAGCUGUCGAGGGAGGUGUUUUGAAAAGAAGAGGACACACAGAAGCGGCUGUGGAUCUAUGUAGAUUAAGUGGAUUGCCACCAGUUGGUGUCAUCUGUGAAUUGGUCAAUAAUGACGACCCAAAGGGUUCUAUGAUGAGACUCGAUGAUUGUAUUAAAUUUGGUAAAGAACAUAAUAUCCCUCUUGUUACUAUUGACGCUUUAGUCGAAUAUAUAAAAUCAAAAAAUUUGUAA